AUGCCCUUCGUUCUUCGCCGUUUUGUGCCAGCCCAAUGGACAACAUGGAUCCUUUGCUGGUCCAUGUUGUACGGAAGUCCAGCGUUCCCCUGCAUGGCCGAAACGGCGCCAAAUGACGUUGUACCGACGUUGCAACAUGACAAAAAUAACGAUCUGACUUACUAUUCGGACGAGGAGGAUGUCUGUUGCCGGCCCUCUAAGUUUCCUCUCACUGCGGAGCAAAUCGACCGAUAUAUCGACGAAUUUAUUGACAAUAUUGAUGAGGAGGCUAUCGGCCAAUUGGCAUCGCGACAUAACGAUCAAAAGCCCUGGAAAAGAAUUGCCGGACGGACUCAUGGAAGCUUCAACGUCUGCUUUUUCGUACAGUUUGACGACGAUACGACUUUGGUAGUGAGAAUCCCGCUUAAUCCCGUAGUUCAUCAAGUCUGGACAAAGGUCCAGAGCGAAGUCGCCACUAUACAAUACCUUUUGCAUAAAACGGAGAUUCCUGUUCCCCGCGUCCGCGCGUACGGACAAGACACGACGUUGACAAAAAGCGGCAGCGAGACGUUGGCGUUCAUAAUCUCUGACUAUAUCCCGGGCCAAUCCCUCAGUAUAAAGGUUCUGCAGAAUGCUACAGAAGAACAUCAAAGGAGGUUUUUCGACGAGAUUAUCGAUGUUCUCGCUCAGUUACGCCAGUUGGAAUUCCCCAGAGCAGGCUCCUUGAUGCCCAAUCUUGGCCACAAGUCUGACCCAAUCGUCAGUGGCCUGCUCACCAUGGCCGCGAAUGAGCUGCACCGAUACCAAAAGGAACAGCAAAAUCCAGGACCAUUUGAUUCCGCGAGAGCAUUCCUGGACUACCAGUAUCACAUCCUUUGCGAAACGUGUCGACUUGCCUCGGAAGAUUUGGAGCGAGCACAAGCGGAAGAGGAACUGUUUGCCCUCGCCAGCUUGGCAAAGCAGAUUCCUACACUCUGCAACCCACAAUCACCCAACGGCCCUUUUAUUCUCACCCACCUGGAUCUCAGAUGUGGCAACAUCAUCGUCAAUGCGGACUUUGGUAUUGCCGCCAUAAUCGAUUGGGAGUUUUCGGGUACGGUACCGCUGGAAUAUUUCACACCUCCACUAUGGAUUACAGGUCAUGGGCGAAGCGAAUACAUAUACCUUGCUACGGACACGAUCUCGAAUGGAUUUUAUGAAGUUCUCAGGACAAAGGCCAUGACUUCCAACAAGUGCGCACAGCUCAUGCAAGAGUGGAAUUUGCAACCACAACUCGCGUUUCCCAUUGUCCAAAUAUUACGCCAGCCCGAGACCCUCCUCCAGGUAUUCUACAGAUUUAUUUUUCGCAUUUUCUUCACAGGAGAUCGUGAACAAGUGAUUUCUGAGUUUUUCGCACAAAACGAUGACAAUGGAACGAUGGCGGUGGAGAUACGGCGUCGUGUGGAAACCUCCAAGCACUACGUCCAAUAUCUAAGUGAACAUGGACUAUUGGUUGUAGACGAAGAGGCAGAAAAAAGAGAACAAGAGUUGCUAGCUAUGCUAAAGAGUGGGAUUGCAGCACUAGAUGAGAAGUAUGGGCCUACUAACCAGGCCAAGGGUGACCAUCCUGUCCCGGGUUUCACCUAG